GCAAUGCCCGAAGCCAGUUGCUGGAACCGAGCGCGCCGAGCAGGCUGAGUUUAUGUUGCAGUGUGCUGGAAUACCAGACCUGACGGACUCGGUACGCAUUACCGGCAACACGCUGUUGCACGAAGGGUCCUUAGCAGAUAUCUAUGCAGGUGAGCUAUGCGGAACGAAGGUCGCGGUGAAGUGUUUGCGGGCCAAAACGCAGCGCUCAAAUCUAGAAAAGUGUAGAAAGAAGGACGCAGCCAACACGGAGUGGCGCGCCAUGUCCCUGUGCGGCUUCCCCCACGUUGUUCAAUUCAUCGGAAUAGUGCGUAGGCCUCUCCAUCAUCCUCCGCGUGUGCAGGCACUCGGUGUUAGUGCAAGGAGUGGCGGAAAGGAUGCUGCCAGUGCAAGAGCAGCUUGCAUGCCCGUGACUGCUAUCGUUAUGGAAAGGUGCGUAAUCAGUCUCGAGGACAUCUACAGAUCCCCGAAGGCGCUGCGACUGGACGAGCUGAUGCAAAUUUUUCGUCACAUUAUUUCAGCCAUAUGCUUCUUGCAUGACCAAGGCAUCAUCCAUUGUGAUGUUAACCCGAGGCACAUAAUGAUGACUGCCAUGCCACCUGGUCAACACUGCAACUGCACUGGGGAGAAGCAUGAUUGCCUGAUUCUCUGGAAAGCGAAACUUAUUGACUUUGAAUCCAGCCAGCGCCUGCCGCCAGGAGAAGACGAAGCAGAGAUGAGUACCAAAGAGCGACAUGAUGUCUACACAGCGCCCGAAGUGCAGGUGCGAAUCGUGCCUGGGCGAGAGAGAUGGGCCUACUAUGGCAAGAGUGUCGAUAUAUAUUCUGUUGGCGCCACUAUGAUCGCUAUGUUCACCCGCCAGGAGCCAGAGCAGCACCCAGAGUGGAAUCGGCGCUUCAAGGAGGAGUUGAAAAGCCUUGGCAGCGAUCACGCCAUGAGAGACGUUCUCAUGCAGUGCGUGCAGUACGAAAGCAAGGGUAGACCGGUACCAGCGGCGCUGUUGAAGCAGCUCAGCCCGGAUAAUAUAUCUGCUGGGUAUGACAGUGAGGAGGACGAAGAAGGAAUUUACGACUUGCCUGGUGGUGAACAAGACAUAGCAGGCAUUCCCUGGGCCCGUGCUGGAGAGAGUACGGGCUUGCAGCCUCAGCCGCAGUUGGCAGCCGCCACGAGCGGGGGAAUGACGGGGCUCAUGAGCCAGCUGCCGCUGCCGUGGAACUCUGCACAGCAGCCGAAACAAGGACAAGGAUUGGACGUACAAGUGGACAAAGAAGAUGCCAAACGUGCACCGCCAUCGAUGCACGCGUUAUCGAACGAAAGCCUCGGAGAAGGCCACCGGCAAGAGGCGGGUCGAUCCAAAGACCGGAAUCCACUUAAAUCUCAUGAAUUUACAUCCGAGUUGCUACCUCUCAUGUACGACUUCCACCAAGAGCGUCUUGGAGUUAAAUGUCAAGAAGCCAAACUCAUCGAUGCUGAUCAGAUCAAAACACUGGUUAGAAUCCUUGAGAAUAAAGGAGACAAAGCUCAUGCUCAUCAGCUUUGGUGUUUCCUGAUUCCCAAGAGGCGUGCCGGCUUUGAGGCGCUGUGCGACGACAUCGUUGAUAUGAACAUCAGCACUGAAUCUAACCGCCGAUCGACAGAGAUAAAGGAUAAGCUGUGAUUGCGGCAUCAGCAUGGCUUAAGGUCAAGCCAACCGCGCGGUCGCUUAGUGCGCCCUAGCCUACAAUACCGUCGACAUCAGCAGCAGGAUUGCCGGCACCAUCCCUGUUCCGUGUUGCUUAGACCAGCGGCUUAGACCAGCGACGUCCAGUAACCUGAGCAGACCAGGUUGGUGGAGAACUGCCUGCUGGAGAACUGCCUGCUGGAGAACUACCUGGUGGAGAACUACCUGCCUGGUGGCUAACUGCCUGUAGUCUGCCCUCUGUACUGUAACAUACUUUGAGUAUUACACUCCUAGCUGUCCGGAAAAUCAGUGUGUAAGAUAUGUUUAUUUUAUUGUUCCCUCGAAUUAAUGAAUAUCUGUAUAUACCAGAGGAAACAAGCAUUUGUCAAACCACGAGUACUAUUUUUUCAAUUACUCUCCAGACAGCUUGGUGUUUCGGCCAUCUUAGGUCCCUUGAGCGGAGCUGAGAGUUUGUCAUUGGCCGAACAGAUUGCGAGAAGUCCUGUAUACACAAAGCUUGCUUUUAAAAAUUGACUCUUGUACAUACUACAUGCAUUUCGCUGUUGAGUAUUUCGCUCCUGCUCUUGUAGCAGUUGAGCACUCUUGUGUGGGGCAGUGCCUUUGCUGUUUGCGUUAUGCAGAGCUCACUGACUUGUCAGUUUGAGCACUCUGGCAAGGUUCGUUCGGGCACGGUUUAAAUCUGGCUUUGAAAGUUUCAUUUUUUAUUGCUAUCAGGUUCGGCCUCAUUUCCUCUGUGCUGCGCUGAAGAGUCCACAAAGGACGAAACAGUUCUGUCCGCAGAUUGACUACAUGUACUACAUACUAGUACGUACGUAUGCUUGACAUUCCUUGUUGUCCUCAAAUUGCUGCCGGUGAUUGAUGCCGACGUGUUUCUGUGUUAACUUUAUUUUUCACUUCACCACCAUUGGGAGCAGGCCGCAUUACUGUCACCCAGUAUUCAUAAAGCUUGCUCUCGCGUCACAUGGUCUAAGAAUAUACAGACGCCGCAGCGUUCGUUGCCAACACCUA